AUGUGCAUACUUUUUGAGAAGCUAUUCCCUGAGAACCAGAAAAAGCCAAAGAGUAGCCUUCUGCCUGUCAUAAUCACGUGCAUAGCUUACAAGCAGACCAAGCUGCUGCUUGGCCAGGGUGUGUCACUGUACAUCCCCCAGUCGGCCAUCAAUGCCACCGUUGACGAAGACAUUCUGCUGUCGGUGGACUACUCCUGCCACGGGGUGCCCACCAUCGAGUGGAGGUACACAUCCACCUGGGGCAUGCAGAAGAUUGUGGAGUGGAAACCAGGGACUCCAGCCAACGUUUCCCAGAGCCACAAGGACAGAGUCUGCACUUUUGACAAUGGCUCCAUCCAGCUGUUCGGUGUGGGCGUGCGGGACUCCGGCUACUAUGUCAUCACGGUGACAGAGCGCCUGGGGAGCAGCCAGUUCGGCACCAUUGUCCUGCAUGUGUCCGAGAUUCUUUAUGAAGACCUUCACUUUGUCGCUGUCUUCCUUGCCUUGCUCGCUGCCGUGGCUGCAGUGUUGAUCAGCCUCAUGUGGGUGUGCAACAGAUGUGCAUACAAAUUCCAGAGGAAGAGAAGACACAAACUCAAAGAAAGCACAACUGAAGAAAUUGAGCUACAGGAUGUUGAGUGUUAGCCACAGCUGGGCCCAAUUACUUUGCUACCUCAAUACCUCAAGAGGAAAGCUUUAUUUUCCAAUGAAACGAACAAACAGAGCCAGAGCCAAUCUGUUCUUCAAUCUCCUAUGGUCUUGUCACAUAAGCCUUCCCAGUGAGACAUCUGGAAGGGAAAGAAAAUUGACAACAUGGAGUUGAAGACUGCAGAUUAAACAAAUUCAACUUUAGGACUUGCAUGAAGUUCACAGAGCAGCUUUGAACCAGGAACUUUGCUUGGCUGCAGCUUCAAGGCCUUGUCUAUAACCCAUAACUAUCGGAUGCUGCUCAUGACUCUCAAAUGGACUUGGAUGGCCUUGGGGAGCUUCUGUCUCAGGGGCCAGUGUCUCCAGAGGGCCUGGUCUGCAGCCAGCACU